AUGUCCACCCUUGAGGACCUCGACGACCUUGAGCGCGAGACCAGAGACAAGAAGCAAGACCAGGAAGAUGGUGACGACAAGAAGCCUAGUGACAAUGAGGAUGCGGAAAUGGCCGAUGCCGACAAGAAGGAUGAGGAAGAGGAGCUCCUAGAUGAGGAAAUCCUGCACUCAAGCACCGCAGAUAUCGUCAAGCGGCGGCGGAUGCUGGAGAACGAGAUGCGGAUUAUGAAGAGCGAAUUCCAACGUUUGACACACGAGCAAAGUACAAUGAGGGAAAAGGUCAAGGAUAAUCAAGAAAAGAUUGAGAACAACAGACAACUACCAUACCUCGUUGGAAACGUUGUCGAGCUAUUGGAUCUGGAUGUGGAGGCUGAGGCAGCGGAGGAAGGAGCCAACAUCGAUCUGGAUGCCACCCGCGUGGGCAAAUCCGCUGUCAUCAAGACUUCGACCCGUCAGACUAUCUUCCUCCCGCUUAUCGGUUUGGUCGAUCACGAGAAGCUGAAGCCCGCCGACUUGAUCGGUGUCAAUAAGGACUCAUAUCUCAUUUUGGAUACACUACCCGCCGAAUAUGACAACCGCGUGAAGGCGAUGGAGGUCGACGAGAAGCCAACGGAGAAGUACACGGAUAUCGGUGGUCUGGACAAGCAGAUCGAGGAGAUCGUCGAGGCUAUCGUAUGGCCCAUGAAGGAGGCCGAGCGAUUCAAGAAGCUCGGCAUCAAGGCCCCGAAGGGUGCCUUGAUGUACGGACCCCCCGGUACCGGUAAGACACUUCUGGCCCGAGCCUGUGCCGCCGAGACAAACGCAACCUUCCUUAAGCUCGCCGGUCCCCAACUGGUACAGAUGUUCAUCGGAGAUGGCGCCAAGCUAGUGCGCGACUGCUUCGCCUUGGCCAAGGAGAAGGCCCCCUCAAUCAUCUUCAUUGACGAGUUGGAUGCCGUUGGUACCAAGCGUUUCGACUCCGAAAAGUCCGGUGAUCGUGAAGUGCAGCGAACCAUGCUUGAGCUUCUGAACCAGCUGGAUGGUUUCGCCUCGGACGACCGCAUCAAGGUCCUGGCCGCGACUAACCGUGUCGAUGUUCUCGACCCGGCCUUGUUGCGUUCCGGCCGUCUGGAUCGCAAGAUCGAGUUCCCUCUGCCUAACGAGGAAGCCCGUGCCAACAUCCUCCAGAUUCACUCGCGUAAGAUGUCCGUGGAGGACACUGUCAACUGGGCUGAAUUGGCCCGGUCCACGGAUGAGUUCGGUGGUGCCCAGCUCAAGGCCGUGUGUGUUGAGGCUGGUAUGAUUGCGCUUCGCAAGGGAUUGAGCAAGAUCGGCCACGAGAACUACGUUGAUGCUAUUGCUGAGGUCCAGGCUAAGAAGAAGGAUACCAACAUGGGUAUCUACGUCUAA